AUGAGACCCGCGGAGCUGCAGCAUCCUCCUCAGGGUCCCUCUGAGGGGCACCAGACUCACUCUCCAGCUGUCCCAGCAGCAGCACCAGCAGCAGCAGCAACAGGAUCCAAGCCCCCUGCCCUUCCCGAGGUGCAGCAGCAGCAGCAGCAGCAGCAACAGCAGCAGCAGCAGCAGCAGCAGCACAACCACUGUAGCAGCCCUCUACCUGAUGGUUGUCAAGGAGCCCCACACAGAAAAUCAGGAGAUAAAUGGAGACUACGUGGCUCAUCAACAACAGCAACAGCAGCAGCUGCUGCAGCAGCAGCUGCAGCAGCAGCAGCAGCAGAAGCAGCAGAUGAUAUAGACCUUACAGGGGAGCCAGACUUUUCCUUAUACGAAGAAGACAUAAAGAAACAAAUAAUUGGGGAAGAAGAAGAGGAGGAAGAAGAAGAAGAGGAGGAGGAGGAAGAGGAGGAGGAAGAAGAAGAAGAAGAUAAUUGGGACUCUAUGCAUAAAAGG